CCAGCUAAAAAAAAGUAAGGGAACGCAGUCUCCCUUGCGUUCCAACACCACUAUAUAUAACUCUAAAUUCUAAUAUGUCAUUUCCCGUGAAAUGAAGUUGUGUUGUUUUUGUUAGGUGUUGCUCAAUGCAUUUCAGCUUAAACUGUUUAUAGUAAAGAGAUGCCGUGGAAUCUGCAGGAAAUGAAAAAGGAACUUGCGAAAUUAAUUAACGGAUGUUUUGUAAGACACUAGGUUAAAAAAACUUAGGCACCAAAUCUGAAUAACUUUGACUUUGAGCCUAUUGUCAGUUUUGAUUUUCUAUAUUAAAUGCUUAAAACUUUAUUUUCACUACUUAUUAUGUAUGCUCAACUCGAAGUAAUGGAAGGUGCUACUAGAAGGUUAAGCACUGAACAAAAUAAGUUGAUAAACUUACCUGACUGUUAGUACACAAUUGCAUGACUGCCGAUGUAAUGUGUGCGGUAUUAUAGAAAUUGCAAUGUUGGAGAGUAAGCGGCUUGUAAUUAUUAACAUGAAAAGAAUUAACCUGGUUCAUUAUUUAUACGUGUUUUUCAUAUUUUUUAAUUUAACAGUUGAUUCUUUAGAAGUUAAUUAUGGCUUUGUUAAAGAAGAAUGUGAAAGUAUGAUUCCAACUAGGCCUAAUGUGAGUAAUGAACUAAAACCAGCUAACUGGGCAAACCCUUACAAGAUAAUUGUGGCAAGUGGACUGAAGUACAGAAGAGGAGAGCCAGUAACUGUUAAAAUUGAGCAGUCACCAGAAGGUUUGAUACUUCAAUGUAGAGAAGUAAAUGGUAAUAAGCGAGUUGGUCAGUUCAUAGAAUGGCCAAGCAGUAUGCAACCUUUGAUGUGUGAUGAAGAGAGAAAUUCUUCAGUAACUCAUGUGAACAUGAAACCUAAAACUAACCUGUCCUUUGUUUGGGAAACUUGGGAACCAGAUUUGACAGAUGUGCAGUUUGUAGCUACUUUCAUCACUUCUAGAGAAAUCUGGGAAAAAGUUGGAAGCAAAUCUGUUAGAUUAGUUUCUCAAUUUCCUUUGAGUCUACAAGAUUGUGCAACAAAGAAGAGUUGUGUUUGUAUAGGUAAAAAAGAAGCAAAGACUCAGAUAUCUCAGUCCUAUGAUUAUGUCCUAACUUUCAUGACACUGCCUCAACAAAAAAGUAUAGGAAUUGCAAUGGGAGGCAUCCUUCCCAACAUAGAUAAAGGCUAUCUUGCUGUAGCUUUUACAGCUGACAAAGAAAAGCUAAGUAAACUGACAGUGUUGGCCUGUUUCCGAUCUGGUGACUUAACUGACACUUCACUCUUCGUGGUCAAUACUUUAGAGGAAAAACCUGUUGAGAAAAGUGGAAUUCUGGAGGAAAAAAUACAAGAAUUAUAUAAGGAUCACUUGUGGUGUCAAUUUACAGUACCUAUGAGCAUGCCAGGAAAUGAAGCUUUACAUUUGGAACAGCCAUUAUACCAAGUAUAUUUCUCUGGAAAACUGGAUGAUCAUAAUGGAAUAAUUUUACCCCCAACAGAGAAGAUGAUUGUCUCCAACUCAAUGCUGACAGCAAAAGAGAUCAUGAAGAAAACCUACACUUUAUCAACUGCAUUUCUUUUAAAAAAUCAGAUAGUUAUGACUCUUUUAUUUACAUUAUUGUCUUUAUCACUGCUAUUUUUGUGAACUUGAGUUCUGCACUAUUGUGGACUUAUUUUAAGUGAAAAUGCUGUAGUCUUAUCAUAUGUGUUCAUCUGUUUAUUUUUAUUUUUUCCAUUUUGUUGUAAAGUUGUAGAAAAAUAUAGUAUACAAUACAUUAGCUUUAUUGAGAAACCAAUUGAAUAUUAUGGCUUACUACGUGUAUGGAUGGGAAAGAAAGGGAAUCAACACUUUUAAAGUAAUAAACAGUAACACAUUGAUUUAAAAACAUUGAAAGAAAAUGUAACUAUAUGUGUAACAUUUCAUAAUAAUUUGUGCCCCUUGUGUAUGAUGAAAUUUAGACAAAAAAAGCUGGUUGUAAGGCAUAAAACUGAGAGACUUAAGUAAGUAUUCAUCCUUUAAGUAAGUCAUACCUAGGUCAUUUGAUUUGAAUUACUAAUAAUUAUUUUGCUUUUCAUUAAGAAAAAGUCAUUGCCUGUAAAUUUGAUACUCAUUUAAUUACCAGAAUAACCUGUUGUAUAAUAACAUGUUCUACUAUGAUGUUACAUUCAACAUCAGAAGUUAAAACUAUUUUUAAAUGUUCCACAAAGAUGCUUACAACAGAUUGCUACAUUUUCACCUGCUGUAACUACAUGGAACUAACUUUUCUGUCUUGCAAGCAGCAUAAUUAUAUAAUGUUUUGCAUUCAGGGAUUAAUACAAGCCUGCUGAAUUAUGAGGAAAUAUUAUCUGUAGGAUUUUUAUACUGUAAAAGAAAUGAAGUAUAUAUAUAUAUUGUAAAAUAUUUUGCAUGUUGUGCCACAUGGUGAAAAAUUCUUUCCGAUAUAUUUCUUGCAAACUCUUUGUCAUUUUUUUAUUUCUUAAACGUAUAUAAGAAUGUAAGUGUAUGUAUAAACCACAGCUACUGUGGUCUCAUCAAUUACUCUUCAUUAGACAUAUGAUGUGUGCUUUUGCAUUAUUUUAUAUACAGUAUAAGAAAUUUUCAAAGACAGUGUUUUUUGCCACUGAACUAGAUGUACGUACAUAUGGACGUUUUACAAGAUGCAGUAAAAUACAAACUACAUUCCUUGAAUUUUAAAAAUGUUUUCUGUAGCAUUGAUCCUAACUUGAUUACGUAGAAAUUAAUCAUUGUUAAUUAAGAAAGAAAAUUGUAUACACCUAAAUAGCAGUUCCCAAAGUUUAUGGAGCUGAUGCUUUGUGGAUUCCAGUAUACUGAGUUUGUUUUAUAUCUUUCAGUAAUGAAAGAUUAAUGCAUUGACUAUUUUAAUUUAAUUCAUUGCUAUGUCAGUGCAGCUUUUCUUUUGAAUAUACUAAGGCACAAAGCUGCUGAGAAACUCAGGUAUUUCAGUUCCACAGGACAAUUUAAUACAGUUCAUGAAAAAAACAUUUUGAUUAUGUAGUAAAAUUAAUAAAAGCAGUGUUUGUUUGGGAGAAAAAUAAAUUUAGUUAGGCAAACUAAAAUUUCUUGUAUUGUAAUUCUUUUCAUUCUCAACAGUACAACAUGGAUCAUCUGAAUAAAAGGCAUAUCAGUGUAUAGAAUAUUGUGAGGAUAAAGAAACAUUGUCCAGAACAGUUCAUGCUUACAGUAGCUUAAUUCAAGGAUAGGCUUUAUAUGUUGGUUUAGAAGAAUGGAAAAUGUAUUUGAAACACCACACCAUAUAUAAACUUUAUUUAUUAAUACAUGAUUCUAGUGUGUUUGUGGUGAAAUUUUGGUCAUGUAGGAAAAGUAGUUCAUAAUAUAAUUUCAAAUAUGUAGUUUUCUGUAUAAUCACCCUAUAGGUUGUACUACAAUCAUUCAUUGACUUUCUUGUUCUUGCCUUCUAGAACUGAAAAAAUGUGUUAGAGAGUACUUUUGAUACUAUGUCAUAUAUGUUUUUGUGUGUGUGUAAAAGCCACUGUAUUGAAUGCUACCUUCGUUGCUAAAGUUCAUGUUGGUUCAGUGGUUAGUCUCAAGCAGAAAGGAAGUCUUGCGACCAUUAACUAUGUUGUGAAACAUUGUAGCAUUGUCUAGAAACUCUACCUGGUUUAGAGAAGGGAAAUGGUAAAGCCGUUAAUGAAGUUACUAAAAAUGAUGUGACUGUUA